AAGGAUAUAUAUAUAUACACACACACGUUCACACAGACUUAUUCACCCAACAGCAGCUCUCUCUAAAACAUUUCCCUUCACUGAGAGAGUUGUGAAAGGUCACAGAGGUAAGCCAACUAACCUUUUGACCUCGUGGUGUGCAUGGGCUCCAUCUCCAUGGCGAUGGUCUUCUCGGUAGAACAGGUGGCGUGUAUGUGCGAGGUCCUUCUGCAGAGCGGACGCAUGGAGCGCUUGACUGACUUCCUCCACACUCUUCCCCCCUCUACCUCCUCUUGCCCGGGGGGUCUGGAGAGCAUCCUGAAGGCGCGGGCUGCCGUGGCAUUCCAUCUGGGGCGCUUCUCGGACCUCUACGCCCUCCUGGAGAGCUUCCAUUUCUCCAAUCGCAGCCACCCCCUGCUGCAGCAGCUCUGGCUGAGGGCACACUACCUGGAAGCCGAGUACCAGAGAGGGCGACCCCUUGGGGCUGUGGGGAAGUACCGCAUACGCCGUAAGUUUCCCCUGCCAAGAACCAUCUGGGAUGGAGAGGAGACCAGCUACUGCUUCAAGGAGAAAUCCCGGAGUGUGCUGUGGGAGUGGUAUUACUGUAAACCCUACCCUUCACCACGUGAGAAACGAGCGCUUGCGGCCGCCACCGGUCUCACCGCCACCCAGGUGAGCAACUGGUUCAAGAACAGACGGCAACGAGACCGAGCAGCUCACGGUACUACCGGGGAACAGAAAGGUUGUGGACUACCUCUUGGCUCCAACAGAACCCCAGGAGCAGCAUACCCAAAGGCCUACCCCUUCUCUGACAAUGGACGUCCACCUCCAGGCAGCCUCAGUCCCCUCUUCUCCUGCUCACAGCCCCCACUUCUGAGCCAUAUGGGUGGGGGACAACUCUGAACCUCUUCACUACCUGAGCCAUCAUGUAUAGUAGGCUCACUUCAUAGGCACGAUUCACUUGUCCUGCCAGAAAUGUAUGUAAGACCAUUCAAUCUUUUGAGUAGCGUAGUUUCAUGAUACCCUGUACCGAAAACUGUAGGUUGUGUUAAAUCAAAGUCAAAAGCAGAAACAUUUUUUAAAUAGUUUAAUUGAAAACACAAAUGUGUCAUCAGACCUAAUCAUUGACAAGCACUUGAAGCAUUGGGAAUAAACAAUAUGGUUUAAAAAAAAAAAA